AAGUUAAAUGUCUCUUUAUGUCAGUAUACUGUAACUUUUAAUCAGUUUUAAUCUGAUAUUUUCUCAAAGCACACAAUGCUCCUCUUAUUCCUUGGUGUAAACUAUUUUGAUUCCAUAUUAGUUAUACUUAUAACGAUUGAAAGUACAACUUUAUGAUUGUACCUGUAUCUCUUUUUCCUCCAGACAUCAUAGUGAUCAAGACCGACUGCCACCCAGGGUUAUCGUUACACCAGCCAGACGAGGUCAUUUGGCAGAUAGGGGGUCAGUCAGCCUCUCUCCCCUGUAACAUCGCUUAUGAUACCAAUAUGGAAAUUGACUUAAUCUGGUUCGUCUUCAAGGAGGACGCUCACCACUCGGUCGAUCUGAUGACCCAGCAACACAAAUACAGCCUGGAGAGAAACGCCCUGAAUAUCAACUCACUCCAGGCCAAUGACAGCGGGGUGUACCACUGUGCUGCCUUGUUUAAAAACGUGGUAUGCAGCGGGGCACAUGAGAUAGGACAGGGCACCACGCUGGUGGUGAGAGAGAGGGGCAUGCAGAUGGCCUGGCAUGUUUUGCUGUGGCUGCUGUUUGUCCUGUUGGGCCUGUACAGUCUGGCGGUACUGAUUCUGAUCAUUUGUAAGAAGACUGGGAAAGACAUUGCCGUUUGCAGAGGCACACAGAAGAGUGACAUCCAGAAGAAUACAGUUCGAGCACAGUUUGGUGCUGUUGUGCAAGAGCUGUACGGCAAGAGGAACUUACAAAGUAACAAGAAGAACCCCAACCACAGUGGCCCUGCUCAAAACAAGGUUGAAAGCCCCCACUCCAACCAUCCAGAGGACAUUUACCAAAACCAGUGACUCAACAAAAAGGAGAACAGCUAUUGACAGCUACUUCCCUACACAUCUUCAGGCGGGAGAGACUAUAAGGACACUGCUGACCUGCAAAACGACUAACCAAAAUCUAAAACUGACCCUUACCUUAACCAAACCCUUAACCCUGACCUAAAUUUAACAAAUUCGGAAUAUCGGUUUGCAGGUUAGGAGUGUCCGUAUAGCCUUUUCCUCUUCAGGCAGCUUAAAAUGGAAAACAUGCUAUAUGGAGAGAGUAACAAGACAAAAAUAAUCCCAAUUUGAUUAACUUUAAAUGAAUCAGAAAGAAAAACGGAAAUCCCUGUACUGAAUCUGAAGUCCGCCUAUUUGAAUAUCAGAUUUUUUUGGUUCAUGUUUCAGUUUAAAAAGUCAACGUAAAUAACAUGUGCAAGUUAUUUGAAUGAAGGCUUAUUGUUUUUAAUUAAAAUGGAAACAGUGUAAAAAGACUUGUAGAAAACAUUCCCCAACAAAUUAAUGCAAAUAAUUUGAAUGAAAAGUAAUAGCAUAUUUGAUUGGUAUUAACUAUUUAGACAAAGGCACAACAUCACAAUGGUUCAGGUCCCAUGAUACCAGUAUGUAGUAUACACAAUGUAUACACUAUGUCAAAGAAAAUAUCUGUUUUACAUUCAAUUUGUUUGGAGAACAAAGUCUGCAAACUAAUAACCUAUUUGAAAGUAAUCUGAUGCUACAAUAUAUCCCUCAAUAAACUUGGUUAAGUCA